GUAUAGGCUUUAGGUAUUGCGCAAUGUCUGGACGUGGUAAGCAGGGCGGCAAGGCUCGCGCCAAGGCCAAGACCCGCUCUUCGCGGGCCGGGCUCCAGUUCCCCGUGGGCCGGGUGCACCGCCUGCUCCGCAAGGGCAACUACGCCGAGCGGGUCGGGGCCGGCGCGCCGGUGUACCUGGCGGCGGUGCUGGAGUACCUGACGGCCGAGAUCCUGGAGCUGGCGGGCAACGCGGCCCGCGACAACAAGAAGACGCGCAUCAUCCCGCGCCACCUGCAGCUGGCCAUCCGCAACGACGAGGAGCUCAACAAGCUGCUGGGCAAAGUCACCAUCGCUCAGGGUGGCGUCCUUAUCAAUCAAAUGGAAACAAAAGUAAGAAUUGACCAAUCGGAACUUGGCGCGGGCUAUUGA